AUGUCGACGGUGGAAAAAGUCUCGAAGUUGAGAAAACUGUUCUCAUCGGAACGGGUUCUCGCCCUAACCGCCAACAAGCCGAUAACUGCGUAUUUGCUACCAAGCACGGAUGCUCAUGGUAGUGAAUACCUUGCCGAGUACGAUUUCCGUGUCAAAUUCCUUUCUGGAUUUGGUGGUUCGAAUGCCUACGUCGUUGUGACUAACAAAGAAGCUCUCCUAUGGACCGAUGGACGGUAUUUCACUCAAGCCGGCAAGCAACUCGACCCAUCAUGUUGGAAACUGAUGAAACAGGGGUUGCCCGACUCUAUAUCCGUCACAGAUUGGUUGAUUCGGGAGAUGGAACGAGGAUCUGUGAUUGGAUAUGAUCCAACAUUGGUGACUUAUGAACUGGGAAUGAAAACCUUCAAGAGAAUGAAAGCAGCCGGACUAGUUCCUGUUUCGAUUCCUGGAAAUCUCGUCGACGAGUUUUGGGAGGAUCGGCCAAGUCUCGGACAGAAGCCAGUGGCUGUUAUGGAAGAAGCACAAAGUGGAAAGACAACAUCACAGAAGGUGGAUGAGCUUCGGACAAAACUGAAGACCAAGAAGGCGUCAGCUGCAGUGCUCACUCUUCUUGACGACGUGAUGUGGCUUCUGAAUAUUCGUGGAAGUGAUAUUCCAUACAACCCACUUGCCUAUUCCUACCUUUUCGUCGCGAUGAAAGAAAUCCAUUUAUUCAUUGAUGAGAAGAAAUUGGAUCAAGUCGCUCGGGCUCAUCUUCACGAAUCCAACGUCUCCAUUCAUCAUUAUGAAGAGGUCUAUACGUGGCUUGCCGGAUGGCUUCAGGCGAAAAUCGAAGCAGAAGAGCCACGGAUGGUUUAUCUGACACCGGAGACUAAUUAUGCCAUCGGAAGCCUCUUUGGAGAAGCUAACUCGAUGAUCGAUACAUCAUUUGUGCAAACUGCAAAAGCCACCAAGAACCAUAGAGAGAUGGAAGGAAUGAGAACUAGUCAUAUUCGCGACAGCGCUGCUCUCGUCGAGUUUCUUCACUGGCUGGAGAAGGAGAUGGGCGAGGGAAAGACGUUCUCCGAGAUUCAGUUAGCUGAGAGAAUAGACACAUUGAGAAGUCAACAAGACAAAUAUGUUACAUUGAGCUUCGACACAAUCUCGGCUGUCGGAGACCACGCAGCGCUUCCGCAUUACAAACCGAACGAGGAGGAUGGAAAACGACUUGCCUCCAACAAUCAACUGUAUCUCGUCGAUUCGGGAGCUCACUAUACUGAUGGAACAACCGAUGUGACUCGUACAGUGUGGUACUCCAACCCACCACCAGAUUUCAUACUUCACAAUACAUUGGUUCUCAAAGGACACAUCAAUUUGGCUCGAGCCGUUUUCCCAGAUGGUAUAGUGGGAGCUCGUCUGGAUACGCUCACUCGAGAUUCCCUUUGGAAAAUGGGAUUGGAUUUUGAGCAUGGAACGGGACAUGGUGUAGGACACUAUUUGAAUGUGCACGAGGGACCCAUCGGAAUAGGCCAUCGCAGUGUUCCAAGUGGUGGAGAGCUACACGCCAGUCAAGUGCUAACUAUUGAGCCAGGAUUCUAUAGGAAGGAGCAUUAUGGAAUUCGUAUUGAGAAUUGUUAUGAGACGGUCUCAGUGAAUGUUUUAUCGGGAGCUCCCAACUUUUUAGGAUUCCAGUCCCUCACUCUUGUGCCAAUCCAAACUUCGAUCGUGGACAAAUCCCUCCUUACCCCUUCUGAGAUCACCUGGCUCAAUGAGUACCACGCCCGGGUCCUCCGAGAAGUCGGACCAGUCCUCCGGCGCGUUGGCAAGACAGAAAUCUACGAAUGGCUACAGAAAGCCUGCCAAGCCAUCUAA